UAAAAAUAACAUUUUGUUGAUUAAUUUGAGUUGAUUUUAAUAGUCAAUGUUUUAGUGAUCGCUCUAUUGCUUACUUUAAAUAAAUAAGAGCAUUAACGAUGUCUGCUGAGCAAGUAGGUUCUGCACAUGGCUCUGCGCAAGGCUCCGCUCAGGGUUCGGCGCAGGGCUCUGCCCCAGGCUCCAAGACUGGAUCGGCUACUAUGGUUGAAGAAGAACAACAGAAAUCUGGUAGUGCUACUACUGUGGCAUCAGAAGAGAAGUACGGUGGCUGCGAAGGUCCAGACGCAAUGUACGUGAAACUGGUAUCCUCUGACGGCCAUGAGUUCAUCGUGAAGAGGGAACACGCGCUUACCUCCGGAACGAUCAAGGCAAUGCUUAGUGGUCCGGGCCAGUUUGCUGAGAACGAGGCUAAUGAAGUAAACUUUAGGGAGAUUCCAUCACACGUUUUGCAAAAAGUGUGCAUGUACUUCACGUACAAGGUGCGUUACACAAACUCUUCGACGGAGAUUCCGGAGUUCCCGAUUGCCCCAGAGAUCGCUCUCGAACUCCUCAUGGCUGCUAAUUUCCUGGACUGCUAAAUUGGACUCGACAAGAUCUCAAUGUUUUGUGGGAUUAUAUUGUACAAACGAUAAAGGAUACUCUUGAAGUUACUAAAUCUGAAAAUUGCAAUUUCAAGUUUGUUUGCUUUAUUGUUUUGUCUACUGUACUAAACAAUCUCAUUUCUAAUAAGUAUCUGUUUUUAAAUAUUAUAAUAGGUAUCUAGAGAGCAUGAACAUGUAAAACGCUCCAUUCUUCAGUAGUUUCUAAAAACAAAGCAUUUUUCUCAGUUUUAAUUUAAUACGACAUAGUCUGUAAAAUGUUUCCUCUUCUACGAAUUUUUAGUUCUAACAGCACCUGUACAAACCUAUAGAGUUCAUUAUAAUAGCAUGUAAAUUUUAAUUGUAAUUUAAAAGAUGGAUUUUUUUCGUCAGUUUUGUAAGUUGAAUUUGAAUAUGAAAUUGACCAAAAAAAUCCAUUGGUGUUAAAAAAAUUAAAUUAAAAAAAAAUGAUUUUUUUAAUUAGCUAAAACGUGCUUGAAUGAAAACAUUUUUGAUGUGUGUUAUUUUUAACGACGAUUUCUCUCGAUUGAAGUUUUUUUUCGUCAGGGUAGAUGAACUAGGUUUUAUGCAAUUCGAAACUAUGCUAUAAACUACAUCAAGAUUAUUUAGAAGGAAGCUAGAACGAGUCACUUCCAGUCUUCUGAUUGUCGUCAACUUAUUUUGGAGUUUCUUUAAUAAUUGGAGUUGGCAAUAAUCAGCGAUUUGACUGUUGCCAGUUUAUAGAAACGUAAUUACCAGCAUCCUCCAAAUACUUGUACAAACGUUGCUGGCUGUGCAAUUUUGUGUAAACAACUUGAAAAUGACUAUAUCGGUAUCACAACCUGUUGGUUUUUGUAGUUAUGGAUUUGAACCGAGGGUGCCAAAUAAAUUUUGGUAUAUUUAAAGCAAGAAUAAUCAAUAACAAGUAUCUGUAAAACAUACAAUAUGUCAAUCAAAAGGGAGACAAAAAUAAUUAAUUCUUGUUAUACAUAGUUAUUUAAAAAAAAACCCAACUUAGAACAAAAAUUAUCAUCUUAAGAUGCACCCUAUUAUGUUUUAGUACUAAACUC